CAAGAACAUCCAUACUAUCUGUAUUGUGGGUUUGAAGGGUAAACAUAACAAUGGAAGACAUACCAUUACCAGAAUAUAGUAAGAACUUUGUGGUUAACUUUUUCCAAAGGAUCAAGGUAACAUACAGAAGAUAUCUCGAUGCUUCCACUCCUCAUGUCAACUACAGAUGGGGCUCAUUUGCCGUACUUCUUGUUUUGUUCAUGACCCGUAUUCUCUUAGCCCAAGGAUGGUACAUCAUAUGUUAUGGUCUUGGUAUCUAUCUUCUAAACUUGUUCUUGGCCUUCUUACAACCGAAGUUUGAUCCAUCAUUACAACAAGAAUUGCAAGAUGAAUCUGUGGAAAGUGGUGAACACACAGCUGAAUUUAGACCUUUUAUCAGAAGGCUUCCAGAGUUCAAAUUCUGGUAUCGUGGUACUAUAGCUACUGUGGUAAGUCUACUUCUAACUCUCACCAACUUAACUGAUGUUCCUGUGUUCUGGCCAAUUCUAUUAAUCUAUUUUAUUGUUCUCUUCCUUUUAACUAUGAGAAAGCAAAUCCAACAGAUGAUAAAGUACCGUUACAUACCAUUUGACCUUGGAAAGAAAAAAUACGGAUCCAAAUGAAUAGAUGUGAAUAAUUCCAUUGGCAGCUUGGUGGAUGUCAAUAUCAAUUUACAGGAAUGAAAUUGCCGGUAUUGGUUACAGAUACGUUGACUCUUAGCUCACAAGCACUUUAGCAAAUUUUAUACAGGACCAAAACAGUUUGUGUGGGUGGGCUAUUAACGGUAUUUAGUUUUAUUCUCCUGAAUUUAUACAAUACACGUAUUCGAC